ACAAUAUGGCUUCCACUUGUUGGUGUCAGUCAGUAACAGUGUCUCGGGUUUAGCCUUUGCCGUGUCGACUUAUUUGUUGUUAUUGACUCUCGCCUUCGCCUGGGAUCGUAGUUCGUGGCCAGACGGGUCGCUGGUGAGGCCGUGUCGUCCGAACGGAACCCCAAAACCUCGGACUCGAGUCAAAAAGGGUUUCUGCACCGAAUUGAAAGUGGGUUAGGGAGAGACGGUUUUGUUAAAAAGUGAUGUGUCCAGUGGUUAUUGUGUUUUCACCGCCGACCGAGUGAUAUGAAUUAAACGGAAAAGUGGCUGUCAUGGAUAACGCAACCACCGGAGCGUCGGAUAAACGGGGACUUUCAAACGGUCCGUCGUUUAGACGAUCUCCAAGGCCAUGCGAAGGCCCGCCUCUGCACCACCUCUCGCCCCAUCACCUGCCACCGAGCGUCACUACCAUCACGAUAUCGAAGGAUGACGCGACAGGGUACGGGAUGAAAAUCUCCGGUGACAAUCCUGUCUACGUCCAAUCGGUGAAAGCAGGCGGUGCAGCGGAAAGAGCAGGACUUCAAAGCGGGGACACCAUUAUAAAAGUCAACGGCAUCAACGUUACGAAUCUCACCCAUACCGAAGUCGUAGAACUAAUUAAAGCCGCUGCUCAGGUCAUUUUAACAGUCCAGCAGUUCCCGUUGCUGGAUAAAUCUGUUGGAGCCAUGGCAUCACCGACACUUCCUUCAAGACAUUUGAGCCAUACCCUACAGUCACAAUCAAGGGACAGAAUCACUGCUCCCCAACCCGUUGACCAUGAGAAGCUUCGGCAGUUGGAACACCAAAAAACACAUACUCUCAAUCUAAUGUUGGAAAAGGAACAACGGUACGUUGACUCUUUGAGGAGCCAGUUGGCAAAGGGCAAUGAUUCUGGGUUGGAGUCAAAAUUGCAAAAGACCCUCAUUGGAGCGGAAAGGCGGGUCCAGACACUCCUCCAGCAACUCGAACAGGAGGGUAUGGAGGCGCCCCCCUUGCCAUGCAGGAACCGUCGACCCCAUCUUCCUUCUUCCCCGCCCCCUCUGCCUCCCAGGCAGUACCUUCUUCACCAGGAACAUCACAACUAUAUGGGUGCCAGUCCACAAAUCCACACACACCAAAGAACGAAAUCGAGCCCAGAUACCCUACAGUCGAAUAUGUCUUUGGCUGAAGCGACUAAGAGGCUGAUUGCGUCUGAAUCCAUGUCUGAGCUGACUUCACCUAAAAGGUCCAAGGGUGGAUUGGCAUGGGAAGUUGAAACCCCUCGCAGGGCAACAACUCCACCCGGCACUCCUCCUCCACCGUACCCUACUGGUCAAUCGCCUGAUGACACCUAUUCUCAUAUCACAGAUGAUGACCUGCCACGAUCGGACACUUCCGCUCUGGAUACAUCCGAUCAUUCGCCAAUGAAAGGUUUCAGCAAUUUUCUCAUACAGAGUGCUAAUCAAAUGCAACAGCCUAUUAUAUCAAUGGAAGACGAAGAUAUGUCAGAUCAAGAAGUGAAUCAAAUGGAGGAUCAUGGACCUUUUAAAAGCUUAUCUAAAUUGUGGAACCACCAAGCACAUCUUGCUGUUUUUCUUAAUUAUGUGAUCUCAAACAGUGAUCCAUCUAGUUUACUUUUCUAUCUCGUAACAGACCUAUAUAAAGAGGGAUCUGCUAAGGAAAUGAAGAAAUGGGCUUAUGAAAUACAUUCCAGUUUUUUAGUUCCUGGAGCUCCACUGAGACUUAAUAAUGUAGAUGAGAAUGUAGCUCGAGAAAUAGAUGAUGUGCUGCUCAAGGAGUUUGACAAAGAAGAAAUCCUUAGAAAAAUAUUUUGGAAAGCGAGACAAAAAGCAAAGGAAGAACUAAAUGAACAACUGACUGAUUUUCAAGCAAAAAGGACAGCAGGAUUAGGCACUUUAUUUGGGCCAAAGGAUUCGGAACUGGAAGAGAGUAUCCAUGAUAAAAAUAAAGAGACAAAAAUAAUUGAGAGUAUUCUGGUACCAAAAAUGGAACCCUAUCUCGAAGACAUUGAAAAAAGUGUUAUUGAUGAUAGAAGGUUUUCAACGGGUGCUGCCUUGGGUACUGUUUUGGGGAAAGUUUUUGGGAUUAAAGGUCAACAUUUUAAUUCAUUGUUGGAACGAUGUCCUACCUAUGUUUCAAAAGAUAAAUCUUUAUUAAAGGCAAAAUUAAUUGGAAAAAAUAGAAAGAUGACAAGAAAAGGACAUAUCUGUGUUGCUUAUCAGUAUUAUACUGUAACAUACUGUAAUCAUUGUCAACUAAUCAUAUGGGGCAUCGGACCUCAAGGAUAUCAGUGCUCAAAUUGUGGACUGAACAUUCACCGACAUUGUGUCAAUGUCCUUGAAGAAUACUGCCCUGGCCCUAUGGUGAAAAAGGAAAGGGGCAAUGACCGAAUUAGCAAAUUAAUGGAAAAAAUACGGCCGGAGAACACAAAAAGAAAACCGAGUUCUUUAAAUUUCGCACAAGUGGAGAGGGCAAAAAGACUUCAGGAAGAGGAAUCUGCAGAUCACGAUUCAGGAGAUCGCGGUGGUCCAAAAGGCCCAGGUGAUAAGAGGCCAGAUCCAGUCCGGGAAUCAGAGGAAAAAGGUGGAAGACAGACGCCUCAUGAAGCCGCGGACGAUGCCAACCACCACCUACAUGACAUAUCGCAACAUGUCACAAAAACAAAACCGAAUAGUGCGUCCAUCAACAGGUCCGAGAGCUACAAGGAGCGGAUACACCAAAAGAGGCAACUCCGGGAAAGGAGGAAAACCAGCGACCCCAACCUUUCCAAGUCGAACAAUGAUGUUGAAGUGGAUGCACAGACCCUGUCGUUCAAAUCAAAUUCCGGUAGUUCAUCAAAUUCUAGUCUAUCAACAAGAAGCUUGGAAAGCCCAAGUAAUUCCCUCGAAGGUGUAGGUGCUAGUCAGCAGCAGCAACAAAAUCAACUGCAGCAGUCACAAAACCAACAGCAACCUUGGGACUCAGAUUUUGACGACGAGGCAGACCGAUCCGACUGGACUACUUCUGUUCCUGAAGAGGUUCAUAAGAGUCUCUCUUCAAAGGAGAGGAAACGACAAGAAGUAAUCAAUGAGCUCUUCUACACUGAGAGAUCUCACGUAAUGGGACUGAAAGUUCUUGAUCGAGUUUUUUAUAAACCUAUGCAGGAACAACAUAUUCUCUCUCCUGAUCAGCUUCAACUUCUAUUCGCCAAUUUAGAAGAAAUGAUCGCUUUUCAUUCUCAACUUAAUUCAGUUAUGAAGGAGAAAAGGAAAGAAAAUCCGAUAGUUGGUGAAGUUGGACAACUACUCCUAGACCAUUUUGAUGGUGCUGGAGGAGAGUCUUUCAAAAAAGCCGCGGCGAUAUUCUGCGCGAAGCAGCAGAUCGCCCUGGAACAACUCAAAGAAAAACGGAAAAAAGAUCCUAAACUCAAUACAUUUCUGCUGGAUGCUGAAAUGAAUCCUAGAUGCAGACGACUACAAUUGAAAGACAUGUUAUCUAAAGGGUGGCUAAGGUUAACUAAGUACCCGCUCUUAUUUGAAAACAUCGCCAAAAACACGACAUCCAACGAUGAAGAGCGGGAAAAAGUGAAUACAGCGUUUGAAAGGAGUAAGGAAAUACUAAACCAUGUCGAUAUGGCUGUGAAAGAAGCUGAAGACCAAAACAGGCUUGCAGAAAUUCAAAAAAGGCUAGAUAAGUCUGGCUUCGACAAAAAUGAAAAUGCCUUAGCAGCAGAAUUUAAGAAUCUAGAUCUAUCAAGGCACAAGUUAGUGUACGAAGGAUCGUUGACGUGGAGGAUAGCAAACAACAGACAAAAGAGCAUCGAUCUUCAUGUCCUGCUUCUAGAUGAUAUCAUAAUCCUGUUACAGAAACAAGAUGAAAAAUAUGUGCUCAAAUUCUAUAAUCCAUCCCUAAGCCCCAUAAUCAAAGUGUCCACCGUCCUUGUCAGGCUUAACGCAGUCGAUAAGACGGCCCUGUUCCUGGUUAACACGUCUCACAACGGGGCACAAAUCUACGAUCUUGUAGCCAGUUCCAUUUCUGAGAAAAGAAAAUGGUUCAAACACAUCUCGGAUGCUGCAGAUGCAUACAAACAGAGGGAAGGAAAGAACAGAAGGCCGGAAUUGGAUACUUCCGACACUGCCAAUGACAAAUGUGAAAAAGAGAAAGAAGGAGAUGACAGCCUUGAAGGUGCUUGUGGUGGUGAAUUGCUCUCUCCUCCAAAAUCUUCCAACGGGCCUGAAAAUAGUCCGAGCGGAACACCGGCCCCAUCAACACCACCCACACCUCAACCCGGCUCGCCUGCUCUUACCACAUCAAAAUUAGAUGGUGUAUCGAGUGGGAACGAGAGGAAAACAGAUGACAUACAAAUCGCAUCAUAUGCAUCGUUUUCAUCAGAGACGACUCUGAUCGAUCCUGGGGAGGUCAUCGUCUCGAGCCGGGAUGUACUAACUGCCGAGCCAGUUCUUACACCCUUAGAGAAACUGAAACGAAAAGAUGAAUUAGUACGGAGGACGUUAUAUGAAAAACAAGCAAUAGUCGCUGAUAUCCUUCAUGUACCACGGGAGGAAUUCGACAACAUCGUCGAGCUUGCUGGUGAGCCUGCUAUUGAUAAAGAGCCAUCAGAAUUGGUCUUAGCAGCAGUCAGCCAAGUUCAUGAACUGACACUAGUUAUUAAUGAAGCACUUAAAGUGACUGAGGAAGAAACAGUAGCCUUGACAGCCGAAUCAGGAACGGGUACCAAGUUGGCAAGGCUUCCAGGCAUACCUGCGUACAAAGUUCAAGGCAUUGCAUCCUCAUUGACCACACAACUUUCACAAUUACUUAGCAUAAUGGUAGAAAGAGAUGAAGAAAGGGAGAGAUUAAGAAGGGAACUUCAAAAGUCUCGAGAACAGCUGCAUGCACUACAUGAAAAAUAUGACCAAAAUGGACCAAGAAACAAUGAAAAUGAAAAGGAGGAAACAGCAGAAAUUCUAACAGAACCGCAUUCACCACACGAGGUGUUUGUUGAUGCGUUAUCAGGGGAAGCAGAAACGGCCCUUGAAGCAACAGAAUAAUCAAUCGUGUAUAUGUGAUGAAAUAAUUUUGGUCUCUGUACAAUUCGAUUGUAAUCACAAGAAAUCUAUUUUAAAUGUUAACCUGUUUCCCUUCCCAUUUCUCCCACAUGUCUUCUACGAACCUGACAUUUCAUCAUUUGUCAAUUGUGUAUAUUGUUGUAUGUAUUAUAUGCUAAUUUUUAUUAAUAUUUUAUAUUUAUUGAUAGUGGUGAUACAAGAUCACUAGUUGUAAGAAGUGAAAUUCCCCUCUUCCAGAAUGUGUCAAAACAAUUGUUUUGCGAAUAUGUAUAAUUAUGUGUAUAAGUGUUUCCAGUACACUUGCUCCCGUAAAAAUAACGUUACCACUAAGGCCCAGGUUUAGUCAAGCGGAUUAAAGGAAUAUGUUAUUAUUUUCAUCCUUAAAGAGGCACCUAAUAAAUACAGUUUUAUAAUUAAUUACUUAGUUUAACUGCUUGACUAGCCCUCAGUCUGUUAAGUGUUCCCUUGGUGCUCUUAUAUUCAUUUUGGGGCCUAAAAUAGCAAAAACCGCCCUGUAUAAAAUAAAUGUGUAUAAUUAAAAGUGAAAUUUAGCAAUUUCUUUUUGCUAUUUCAACAUUGUGUAUAGUUAAUAUAUUAUAUAUAAUAACAAUUAUUAUUGUUAAUAUAUUUGUUUAAGUAUUGAUUCUUAGGUUAAAGAAUGCAAUUCACUUAUUCAAGGGAGGUAUCAGUAAUCAAAUAUUAUUUGUUAUUACUUUGUUUAGAUAAAUUUAUCACUUUGUUACUAGUAUUUUUUCUUUUUUUGUAAUAAAUUUAUUCUUUCCUUUUGAAAUUGAUUUAGAGGCUAACAGGCCGUUUAUUAUUACGUAAAAUUAUUUAUUAACAGCACGUUUCUUUCUUCCCCUAUAACUGUGGAUUAUAAAUUAAUGUUCUUUGUAUAUAAUCGGUGUUAAUUUGUUUGUAAUAAUUGUUAAAAGUUGACUAAAACAUCGAUUUAAAUUUUCAUUUCGAAUCCGUUAUUUUUGUUCAUGUUGCACGUGUAAAGGUCAGGGUUUUGCAAUCUUGGAAGUCAAGAGUAAUGAGUUUUGGCAUUGAAUUAUUCUAUCUGUGGGCACGUUGAAAUAAUUUCAAUUUAAACAAAAGCAAACAUUCCGAAACUUUUUAUUUUGAAAUGAAACAUUUAAAUAUUUAUUUAUUUGAAACCUCCCCCCUCAAACAAUUAAAUCAUGAUUUUUAGUAUUUUUAUUUUCAAUUUUGAACUAUAGAAAAUGUGUAAAGAGCAUUAGUUGAUUUUAAUUGGCUUCCUCCCAAUUUUGAAAAUGGUUUUAUGUAUACAAAUACACACACAUAUCACAGCCUAGUUUAUUGUACAUGCUUGUAUUUAUGUACCUGAACUCCCAAAGCUUAUCUUAUGCUGUGCUUUUCAUAUAUAUAUAUAUACGGUAAUAUGUAUGAAAAUAUCGUCCAAAUGUUUGUUAAAAAAAGGGAUUUUAAUGGAAAAAAAAACUAUAUAUAUAAUCGAGCUUUAUAAAUUCAAUAUAAAGAAAUAUUUUUACACAAUGUUUUUAUUUUUUCCCUUGAAUAGACAAAAUUCAUAACAAAUUAGUUAAUUUUAAUUGCAUUUGUGAAGCAUUUCUCAAGUAGGGUGGAGAUCUAAUUUAGAUUGAAAUAGGUUGAAGAUGAUUGUAUUAACUAUUCCAUUAAAAAUCUAAAUAUUUGCUUUGUGAUAUGAGUUUAAUUAUUUUUAUUAAUUUCUUAUACAAAAAAAAAAAAAAAAAAACCGAAUAUAUAUUUUUAUAAACAAUAAAAUAUCCAGUUUUGUUUGUUUUUUGUUUUGUCCAUUUUCAUUUUUAGAUUAUUUUGUUUUGAAAAUUAUCCUAUUAUAUGUAAAUCAUUUCUUAUUGAUAUUUUUGUAUAUUUGUAAAUAGUCAAUUUAUUUUUGGCAUUUGACAUGCUCAUAACACUGUGAUGACAUAUUUGUAAUCCGAUCAUUUUUCAUUAAGUGUUUCCAAAGCCCUUGAUUAAAACAGCAUUCAAUGACUUUUAUGAUCGUUCUUUAAUUAUAUUGUUUAACUCAUAGAACAAUUAUCAAAGUUAAUAUAAUUAUAAUUGUAUAAUAACUCCACAUUAUUGUUUGAUGUGCAUUUGCGUAUCAUUUAGUAAAUAGAUGUAACUAACUGGAUUUUACAUGUAUUGUCAAAUCUCAGAUGUCAAAAAAAACACUAAAAUCUUUUAAUGAAAUAACAAAUUCAUUCCAAAAUAAUUCUAAAAGGAUGUAAAUAAUGGUAAUUACUUUGUAAAAAUUGUUUAACAAUUCUCAAUUUUCUUUGAUUGAUCAUAAUUUGUGUAAACAUAAGAUUUUUUGGUUUGUGUGACACAGAGAACAGGCCUAAAUGUAAUAGCAAAUUAUUGUUUCUGUUUCAUGAGAGGAUCUAUGUUAGUCAAUAAACAUGUUGCAAAAAAUAA